AUGCCUGGUCGUGCCGCUUCUCCGGCUAUGUCGGAGAAUGAAUUCGACAUUACCAAUGCGCUGUUCCAGAAUGACAGCGAUUCCGACCAUGAGCCCGCCGUGAAGCAGACCAAGCGGCAGCCGAAGGCGGCGGCGCCCCAGCAGCUCGAUUUCCUCGGCGUGGAAGGCGAUGACGACGACGAAGAUGACGAGGCGUUCAUCGCGGAGACGCAGGCAUCGGCGAAUCGAAAGGGCUCGAAUUUGAAGGGUCGCACGGUGAAAAAAGGUGGUGGUUUCCAGGCCAUGGGAUUGAAUGCGAAUCUGUUGAAAGCCAUCACACGGAAGGGUUUCUCGGUGCCGACGCCCAUUCAGCGCAAGACGAUCCCUGUGAUUAUGGAGGAUCAGGAUGUCGUGGGUAUGGCGCGUACAGGUUCCGGAAAGACGGCCGCGUUCGUGAUUCCCAUGAUUGAGAAGUUGAAGAGCCACAGCAGCACGGUCGGAUCCCGCGCCCUGGUCCUAUCGCCAUCCAGAGAGUUGGCCCUGCAGACGCUCAAGGUCGUGAAGGAAUUAGGCAAGGGGACAGAUCUGAAGUCGGUGCUGCUGGUUGGUGGUGACAGCCUGGAAGAACAGUUCUCCAUGAUGGCCGGUAACCCUGAUAUCGUGAUUGCGACGCCCGGUCGUUUCCUGCACUUGAAGGUCGAGAUGAACCUGGACCUGUCGAGUAUUCGCUAUGUUGUGUUCGAUGAAGCCGAUCGACUGUUCGAAAUGGGUUUCGCCGCCCAAUUGACCGAGAUUCUGCACGGCUUGCCCUCCACUCGCCAGACUCUGCUUUUCUCCGCCACCCUGCCCAAGUCCUUGGUGGAAUUCGCGCGCGCUGGUCUGCAGGAUCCAACACUGAUCCGUUUGGAUACGGAAGGCAAGAUCUCUCCCGAUCUGCAGAAUGCCUUCUUCUCCGUCAAGUCGGCUGACAAGGAGGGCGCGCUGAUGUACAUCCUCCACGAAGUCAUCAAGAUGCCUACGGGCCCGACGGAGGUGUCGCAGCGCAUGAAGGAGGAAGAAGCCAAGGGAAGAGGGAGAUUCUCCAAGAAGCGGAAGCGUGAAGAGAAGGUUAACUGGAAGGAGUCCCCUACGCAGCAUUCGACCAUCGUCUUCGCCGCGACCAAGCACCACGUUGAUUACCUGUAUUCGCUGCUUUGCGAAGCCGGUUUUGCAACCUCCUACAUCUACGGUUCCCUCGACCAGACGGCUCGUAAGGUCCAAGUACAGAACUUCCGCGCCGGUAUCUCGAACAUCCUUGUCGUCACGGACGUGGCGGCCAGAGGUAUCGAUAUCCCCAUUCUUGCCAAUGUCAUCAACUACGACUUUCCCUCGCAAGCCAAGAUCUUCGUCCAUCGUGUCGGUCGUACGGCCCGUGCUGGUCGCACUGGUUGGAGUUACAGUUUGGUCCGCGAUUCCGAUGCCCCAUACCUACUCGAUCUGCAGCUGUUCCUGGGCCGGCGAUUGGUCCUCGGCCGUGAGCAUGGCGACAAUGUCAACUUUGCCGAGGAUGUAGUUGUCGGAAGCAUGCCUCGGGAGGGUCUCUCUCAGGGCUGUGAGUGGGUGUCUAAGGUCCUGGAUGAUGUGGCGGAUAUUGCCAUGCAGCGUUCGGUCGCCAGCAAGGGAGAGAAGCUCUACAUGCGCACGCGCAAUGCGGCGUCUCUGGAGAGUGCCAAGCGGUCGAAGCAGGUGGUCAGUUCCGACAACUGGACGGCUCUGCACCCUCUAUUCAACGACGAGACCAGUCACAUGGAAGCCGAGCGCGAGAAGAUGCUCGCCCGGAUCGGUGGCUACAGGCCACAGGAGACAAUCUUCGAAGUGAACAACCGUCGCAGCGGCAAGCCGGAGAACGAGGAGGCCCUCAGCACCAUCAAGCGGGUCCGGACCACGCUCGACACGAAGAAGAAGCGCGCACAGGCUGAAGCACAGGCCGAGCUCCUUGGAAACGCAGCCUCCGGAGACGCUGAUGCCGAUGACGCCGAGGAUGGCGCCUUCGACAACGAAGACGACGAUGUCGGAGAGGGACCGGCCGACAACAUGUCACUCGCCGACGAGUCCGACCUUGAAGUCACCUUCUCCUCUUACAACACAUCGAACGGCGACAAGGCCAAGAAAGAAGCCAGCGCCACGUCAUUCCAGAACCCCGAAUACUUCAUGUCCUACACCCCCAACCAGACCAACAUGGCCGAAGACCGCGCAUACGGUGUGCAUUCCGGCACGAACGCCAACUUCGCCCAAGCGUCUCGCGACGCGGCCAUGGAUCUGCUCGGCGACGAAGGCAGCCGCGGGUUCGGCGAGCCUCGCACCAUGAUGCGUUGGGACAAGCGACACAAGAAGUACGUGUCGCGCCAGAACGACGAGGACGGCUCCAAGGGCACGCGUCUCGUGCGCGGUGAGAGUGGUGCCAAGAUCGCCGCCAGCUUCCGCAGUGGACGCUUCGACGCCUGGAAGAAGGGCAAGCGACUUGAGCGCAUGCCUCGCGUGGGUGAGGCUGAGACUCCGGGUCUGGGUGCUAACCUGGAUUACCGCGGUGGAAGACGGUUCAGACACAACAAGGACCAGGCGCCUAAGCGGGCUGAUCCUCUCCGCGGUGACUUUGAUAAGAUGAAGAAGAAGAACGCGGCUGCCAAGGAGCGCCAGCUGUCCAAGGUUGGCGGUGCUGCAUCUGGUGGUAAGAGCGAGCUGAGGAACACGGAUGACAUCCGGCGGGCGCGCAAGCUGAAGCAGAACCGUCGGGAGAAGAACGCUCGUCCGUCACGGAAGAAGUAG